AUGUCGGGCCAGAGCAACGAUGCCAUUGAUUUGAUUGCCCAGGAUAUGAAGGCUCUGGUCAAGAAGAUCCAAGACCUUCGCCACAUUGGGAUCGAGGAUAGCAAGAUUGCUCUGCCUAAGAUCUGCGUCAUCGGUGAUCAGAGCACCGGCAAGAGCUCUCUCAUCGAGGGAAUGUCUGAGAUCAAGGUCCCCAGGAGUGCAGGCACUUGCACCCGUUGUCCCAUGGAAAUCAACCUCUCUGAAAGCGAGCGUGGUCAGCCCUGGACCUGCCGCGUUUUCUUGUCGGGAAAAUACAUGUUUGACCCCUCCCACAGGCUCACCAAAAUCCCCAAGAAAUCCCAGCCUCUUGGCCCGUGGUCCCCCCAAGACCAAGAAGAUCUGCUUUUUAUUGAACUGUCCAACAAGAAUGACGUCCAAGAAGCCAUCAAGUGGGCUCAGAUCGCUAUCCUGAACCCCGGCCAUAAUCCAAUGGACUACAUUCCCGGCAAAAAUGCAGAUGCUACCAUGGACUGCCAGGUGAAAUUCUCCCCCAACGUGGUGCGGCUUGACAUUUCUGCUCCCAACUUUCCCAACCUCUCGUUCUACGACCUCCCCGGCGUGAUCAGCCAAGCCGAGUUUGAAGAUGAGCGCUACUUGGUCGCUUUGGUUGAAAACCUGGUGAGGCAGUACAUCUCCCAGGAGAACUGCAUAGUUAUCCAGACGUUGCCCAUGACCGAUGAUGCUACCAACUCUAGUGCAGGGCGCAUCAUGCGAGAUGUGCGCGGAGCCACGGAGAGGACUUUGGGUGUCUUGACCAAGCCUGAUCGAGUCCAGUCCUGUGAAUCAUACAACCAAUGGAUAGAGAUCUUGGAAGGAGACAAGUUCACGCUCGGACAUGGAUACUUUGUCGUUCAGAACAACCCCGAUCCUUCCGUGGGGCAUGCCCAAGCCCGGGAGGAAGAGGCGGCCUUUUUUGCAUCAAGCCCGUGGUCGACAGAGCUUGCGGCAUACAGAGACAGAUUUGGCACACGAAACCUCCAAACUAGACUGUCGAUGUUGCUCCUCGAGCAGAUCCAGGGAUGCCUACCUCGAGUUAUUGAGCAAAUCAAUGCGAAGGCCGACCGUAUCGACGCUGAGCUGAAAACACUCCCUGACCCUCCAAGCGCUAAUGUGCAGUACAUUCUGUGCCGGAAUAUCAACCAGUUCAAAGAAAGAAUCACUGCACAUUUUGAUGGCGGCUCAUCACAGUAUCCCCUCCAAAAGCGAUGGGGUCACAUGGCUUUGGAUUUCCAAAGGGCCCUCAUGAAGACCCGACCGACCGUUCAACUGCUAUCACAGUCUGAUCGUGUUCUUGAGCGCGACGGUGAUUCGGACUGCGAAAUGACCUCGGUUCAAGUCCCUAUGAAACGGAAGGCUCCUGCCACCAAUGGCUUUACUCGCAGUGCACCUCAUAGUCCCCGUGAUGUAAAGCCGAGCGUAGAGAGCCAGCCCUCUGGGUACCAUUUUCCUGAAUUUGAGAAGUUCGACAAGCCUUUACAAACAUUUACCUGGGAGGGGAUCCGGGAGAUUAAUGAGGAGUCUUACCGUGCCGGCAUUCCCGACCAGGCGGACCCCAAGGCAAUUGAAAUCAUGCGGCAGAAGAGUGUCAUCCAUUGGAUAGAUCCCAUGAACGUCUUUAUCCAGUCCACCCAUCGGCUUGUCGGAGACAUGAUUCUGGAUCAAUUGGCAGAAGUCUUCAGCCAAUACUACCAGACCAGUCUGUACAAGGAACUCGUGUAUAUCAUUGAUAACUUCCUGAAAGAGCUGAAGGAGGAGCACGAGCGCCAUGCCAAGGAAAACUACAACAUCGAAUACAACAAGCCCUUCACCAUGGCGACAGUGACUCUUGACCACGCCAUCAAGAAUGCGUUCGGAUAUCUUAGCGCUCGUCGCACGGAGGCUCGCAUAAGCUAUUAUUUGGACAAACAUAAUAUCGGCCCCGACCAUCCGCGGCGAGACGCAGAGAGGAAACGAUUGACGGCUGCAGAGAUUGGGCCCGAACGGUUUGAGCAAGAGCUGAAGAUGAUGGCGUCCACCCGGGGGUAUUACGAUAUCGCUAGCUCUAGGUUCCUGGACUGCACCUGCCAGAGUGUCCAUACCAAACUGUUUUCCAAGUGCAGAGAGGAGCUGAUCCCUGUCAUCGAGGAGAAUCUGGGCAUUCAGGAUGACAAUGCGAUGGAGCGUUGCCAAGAGCUCAUGGCCGAGCACCCGGAACGCCAGCGCCGCCGCUACCAUCUCCAAAGAGAACGGAACAAGAUCACCCAGGCACAGGAAUGGCUUGAGACGGCCAAAAAAGAGGAGCAGUCAGACGGAGUGUACGAUUUCGGCAGCCGCGUCAAGACGGAGCCCAUGAACGACUGGAUGACCCGUCCCUCUUUUGUUUAG